AUGGUUCUUAUGAAUAACUUUAAUAAAUCAUUUUAUAUCGAACAACCGGAAGUGUGGAAUGUUUUCGAGAAGAUUUUUAUGGCAGAGAUCGGAUUGUUGGUUAUCAAGUGAGUAUUAGAAUAAUAGCUUUUUAUUCGAGUUUUGAACUUUUUGGUUCCUGUGGGUUUCAACAUAAUUUCUCAUCCGAACUCACUUCUAUUUGAAAUCGAAGACUUGUAACAAAAAGCAUAUAAUAGCGUGAUGUUUUGAUCAAAAAAUGAUUUCGAUAGAAUUAUUUUGAUCUGGGAGCUUUCAUGCUCAAAAUACUUCCAAAUCCGCACCAUAUACGUUUCAGCAUUGCUCACACAUUUAUGGUUAUUUGGUUAAAUGUCACUGCAAAACAGUUCCACACUAAUUGGACAAAUAUAUUCAGUAUGCUUUGUAUUCAACACAUCACUGCUUCUUUUGCAUGGCUAAUUCAACGAGUCAUUUUGAUCUCAGAUAUAUACUAUUCAAUGUUUAUCAUUAUAAAAAUCUUGUCCUAUGUUAGAAAUAUUUGUAUUUUUGUAUGUUUAUUAUCUUUACCAACUCUAGUUAUCGAAAGAUAUUUUGCCACAAUAUAUGUUUUGAAUUACGAGAAAAAGCCAAGAGUUCAUAUUUCAUACUUUCUCAUCUGUGGAAAUAUUUGUGUCGCUUGUUGUACUUCUAUCAUGUAUCACGAGUGUAAGUUGUGGAGGAAGAAUAAUAAACAGAUUAAAUUUUUUGAAAAACAAUUGAUGUACUUUGGAGUUCACUUUUUCUUGAAAUAUUAUUUAUUGGAAACAUUUCCCGGGGUAAAACAUCAGUUGUAUUCCUCUUCACCAGUCCUCUAAUACAAGGAAGUGUACUGCAAUCAAAGCUGUAUUUGUAUUCGUACUAGACUAUAUUUUCAGACGACCUUUUGCUCACAACAAUAACAUUUUUCCUGGUGAUCAAUGGUAUUGCUGUUCUUGGAAAUAUUGCGAUUCUACACAUUAAUUACAAAUUCUACAGAGAAUUUCAUAAGAGUAAAAGAGUGUGUGAUCUAACAGAAAGAUUUCAAAUUUCGGAAAACAUAAAAGUAUGCAAACUUGUGAUUAUGAUUGUUAUUUCAAUGGGUGGAUUCAAUGGAUUAAUUUGUUUGACCCUUCUAAUUGAUAUUUUCGAUAUUUCGGAUAACUCCAAAAAUAUGUGGUGUUUAGCAUUUGAUGUUUCUGCAUUCUUAUAUAGUUUUUUGUUCCCAUAUAUUUGUAUGUAUUAUAGUAAUCGAUGGCAGAUUGUGUUUUUCGGAUUUCUCAAAAUAUUAUUCGGAUCAUUAAUUCGAAAGAACAAAAUCAAACCAAUCGAGAAAACAACAAAGGCUUGUAAACUGCACCGUGCAGUCUGCACGAUAGUUUUGGAAAAAUCAUACCAGAAGCAUCAGCUGAUAAAUACUUUGAAGAUUUGAGAAGUAGCUGGCGUUGAUUUACUGAUUGAAUAAACGAAUAAAUCAUUUUUCCUACAUCAUGGUAUUUUCCCCGAAUUAUAGGGAGAAAAAUAAUUGCAUCUCACACUACAAAUGUUUUUCCCUUCUUUUUUUUUUUGGUUUUUUCACCACUUUUCUGACAUGCUAAUGAAUAACUUUAAUCGAUCUUAUUUUGAAAAUGAUCCAAAAAAUUGGUCAUUUUUGGAUAAGCUUUUCAAAAUCGAGAUAAUUUUACUGGUUUUCAAGUAAGUUAAAUUUGAGCGCGUUGCGUAUCGGUUUUUUUCACAGUAACUGUUAUGUCGCAUUUUUUCUCUGGGUUAAUAUCACAGCAAAACAAUUUCAUCAAAACUGGACCAAUAUUAUAUCCGUUAUUUAUGGUCAACAUCUGAUUGCAACAAGUGCUUGGAUUUUCAAUAGAUUUAUUUUGUUAUCAGAUGAUUAUUUCAAAUGUAUCUUCGUUAUCAAAAUCUGUUCAUAUAUUAGGCUUUUAUGCCUUGGUUACGUAUUUUUGAAUCUACCAAUGUUAGUCAUAGAACGAUAUUUUGCCACGUUAUUUGUCAAAAAUUAUGAAAGAAAGAAACGUCGAUAUAUUUCGUAUUUCCUUAUAUUUGGAAGUACUAUCCUCUCAAUUAUUACAGAUAUCGUAUAUCACGAAUCUGAUCAUGGUGAGUUAGAUAAUAUGUUUCAAACAUUGAGUAUUUUCAAAAAUUAUUUAUUGAAAUGAAAAGUGAGCUGUGAGCUAAGUACACGUGAACGUACUGGGCUAACAAAUUUUCAUUUCUAUUUUUAAUUGGGAAAUGAAUAAUUUCUUGAAUAAGUUCCAAGAAACGUUAGACUUUCGCACAUCCAAUUUAUCGUGAGAAUUUGUGGUUUAGCCUUUGUUCCAGAAUUAUUCGUCAUUGCGAUAUUUGCAACAUUUAUGAUAUUGAAUGCCUUCGGACUGAUCGGAAAUAACAUCAUUUUUCGGAAAAAUCUAAAAUAUUAUAGAGAAUUCUAUAGUAAUCAAAGAAGAUGUGAUCUGGCAGAAAGAUUUCAAAUCUCAGAAAAUAUAAAAAUUGGAAGAUUGGUGAAUGUAAUAGUUAUGUCAAUGGGUGGAUUCAAUUUAAGUAUAGCUUUUUGUAUGGUUAUUGAUUUUCUCGAUAUUUCGGAUCCCUCAAAAAAUCUAUGCGCAUUGUUUUUCGACCUAUUUGCGUUCAUCUACAGUUUUUUCUUUCCCAUAAUUUGUCUGAAACAUAGCAAACGCUGGAAAAUGGUGAUAUUCAGAUUAGGAAGAAGGUUCGGAACAAAUAAACGCUCAAGAAUUCAACCCCUGCAAAAUUCAUUCGGAACUAUUAUGACGGAUGCAUCAACUGAUGCAUAUUUUGAGAAUUUGAGAAAAAGUUGGGCUUGAUAAAUAUUUUCGAAUAGAUUCUAAUAAAAUUGUCUCCCUUUUUUUGAAUUCAUUUAUAAUUGUCAUCUUUAUCAUCGUCUUUUCCUGCUUUCCAUAACACCCAAAAUUUUCCGUUGUCGUUUUUUUGAUAUAAUUGAAUUGACUACUGUUUCCGAAUGACGUUUAUAAAUAAUUUCAAUAAAACUUACUUUCAUAAUGAUUCCGAAACUCGGAGAAUUUUCGAAAUAUUUUUCAAAGGUUGAGAUCGUAAUAAUCAUGUUCAAGUGAGAAUAAUAAAAAAAAUGCAUUAUUUUCAAGAAUUUUUUUCAGUAUUUUUCAUACAUUGUUUUUCGUCUACAUAAACAUAAAAGCUAGACAAUUCCAUCAAAAUUGGACAAAUCUAAUGAGUGUUUUAUAUAUUCAACACAUUAUUGCUGAUAUUGGUUGGGUUUUCAAUCGAAUUAUAAUUAUUUCAGAUGAUUUUUCAAACUUGGAAAACAUCACGAAAAUAAUUUCCUAUGUUCGUGGAUUUUGUGUAUUCGUAGGAAUAAUGGUACUGCCAUUUUUAGUCAUAGAGCGACUUUUUGCAACGAUUUAUAUAAAAACUUAUGAAUCACAAAAAUUUGGCUCAAUCUCUUAUUAUAUUAUUACAGUUUUGAUGAUUAUUAGCUUUCGUUUUUACAAUAAUGUUUCACGAAUGUGAGUUUCAGUUUCUCAAUUUCUCAAUUUCUCAAUUGUUAUUUUUCUCUCACGUCAAGUUAAUAUCUUACUUCCAAUAUUCAUUAUUAUCCUAGUCAGCAAUGCUUUUGGAGUUAUUGGAAAUCUUAUUUUACUUUGGAAAAACCUUACAUUUUUUAGAGCAUUUCAAAUCUCUCAGAGAUAUUGUGAUUUAGCAGAGAGAUUUCAAAUAUCAGAAAAUAUUAAAACUUGUCGACUUGUAAAUAUGAUUGUUAUUAUCAUGGGUGGAUUCAAUUUGGUGAUUUGUUUCAGUUUACUUGUCGAUAUUUUUGAAAUAACUGAUUAUAACAAAAAUAUACUGACUCUGUUGUUUGAUUUGGCACUCAUGUUGUGAGUUUUUUUUCCAAAAUGUUUGAAACCAAGGUUCAAGUCCAGAUCUCCGUCAUACCCAACAUUUUCUGGGUGUGCGAAAAACUAUGAGAUCGUGAGAGCUUUGGAAGGAAAAUGCAAAGCUAACCACGACGUGAGAUUCUAAUCUCAUGCGCUAAAAAUAACAAAUUACUAUGAAAACAAUUAAGGCCAAAGUACAAAAACAUGAGUUAACUGAACUCAGACACUUUCAGAUACAGUUUCAUAUUUCCUUACAUUUGUAUGAAGUACAGUAAUCGAUGGAGUGCAUUAUUCUAUCAAUUUUUCCACAGAAUUCUACAAAUUCGUCAUUCUAUAGUUGUGACUCCAGAAUUGAGAAAACUCAAACUUCGAAACACAUUUGGUCAAAUUAUGUUAUCUGAAUCGAAUCCGGAUAGUUAUUUCAAUCAACUGAAACAAGUUUGGGGAAAAUGAGAGAUUUAGAAAAAUAUGAGCAAUGAAACUACAGUAUUAAAUACGUUAAUUUAGACGCUUAUUUUAUUGAACCAUGUACAGACAUUUUAUAAAAUAUGACGUUUACCUUCUUGAUCUCAUAAAAUUUAUGCUUUUUUUAUAUUUUCACCGAAUUCAAAAAAAUAAUUGCACCCUAUCUAGGUUUUUUUUUUCAAUUUUUUCAUUCAUCGAUUUUUUUUUCAAUUUUUGAUAAAAUGCUUAUGAAUGAUUUUAAUCGGUCUUAUUUCGAAAAUGAUCCGCAGAACUGGGCAUUUUUUGAUAAAUUUUUCAAGAUAGAGAUAGGGAUACUGAUUUUUAGGUGAGUUUUUUGCCGUGUUAUAGUUUUUAACACGGCUUUCUUUUACAGUAACUGUUAUGUCGCAUUUUUUCUCUGGGUUAAUAUCACAGCAAAACAAUUUCAUCAAAAUUGGACAAAUAUAGUAUCAGUAAUCAAUGGUCAACAUCUUGUUGCAACAAGUGCUUGGAUUUUCCAUAGACUUGUUUUAUUAUCAGAUGAUUAUUGGAAGAAUAUACUUAUUGUGGAAAUCUGCUCGUAUAUCAGACUUUUCUGUCUUUGUUACGUUUUUCUCGGAUUACCAAUGCUAAUUGUUGAAAGAUAUUUUGCCACACUUUUUGUCAAGAAUUAUGAAAAGAAAACACGUGGCUAUAUUUGUUAUUUACUGAUAAGUGGAAGUACUGUAAUUUCAGUUGUUAUCGAUAUAAUUUAUCACGGAUCACAACGAGGUUGGGAACUCUGAUUGAAAACAAAAAUCCAACUGAUAUAUGUUUUUACAGAAAUAGUAGGCAUUAUAAUAUUUACAAUUUUCAUGGCAUUAAAUGCCUUCGGGAUAAUUGGAAAUAUUCUACUUUUUCGCAAAAAUCAGAAAUUCUUCGAAGAAUUUUAUAGCAACGAGCGAAGUUGCGAUUUAACGGAAAGAUUUCAAAUUUCGGAGAAUUUGAAAAGUGGAAGAUUGGUAAAUGUAAUAGUUAUGUCAAUGGGUAUAUUCAAUUUGAGUAUUGCAAUUUGUAUGGUUAUUGUAUUUUUCAACCUUUCCGAAUAUGUCAAAAAUCUCUGCGCUUUGUUUUUCGACUUUUUCGCUCUUAUCUAUAGCAUAUUAUUCCCAAUUAUCUGCUUGAAACACAGUGAACGAUGGAAAAUGGUAAUAUUCGAUUUAGGAAAGAAAUUUGGAGCGCAUAAAAAAUCAAAAAAUCCAACCACUUCAAAAUUCAUUUGGAACUGUUAUGACAGAUGCCUCCGGAGAAGCAUAUUUCGACAAAUUGAACCAAACUUGGGCUUGA